AUUUAGCCAGCCAUGAUCCAUCCAAAGAAGCUUGCUCAGCUGGCCAAGAAGUGCCAACGGAUGUUGGCAGCCGGAGCCAGUGCCCGCUGUCAGCAUGCCUCAGACACGGCCGAUGAUGAAUGCUGCAGUACAGCAUCAUCUGUGGCUGCUGAUGAGGGCCACUGCAUGAUGUACACCACCAAUGGAGCACGGUUCGAGGUCCCUCUGGCGUACCUCGGGACGACGGUGUUCGCUGAGCUCCUGAGGAUGUCUGAGGAGGAGUUUGGCUUCGCGAGUGGCGGCGACGGAGGCAGGAUCAUGCUGCCCUGCGACGCCAUGGUAAUGGUGUACGUCUUGUGCCUGGUCAGGAGAGAGGCCUCCGAGGAGGUCGAGAAGGCAUUCUUGAGCUCCAUUGCUGGGCACUGUCACAACUACAAUGCUAGUUGCAUGGCCCCAUCAAUGGGAAUCACCCAUCAGUUUGCUCUUUGUACUUAGCUAUUCCCUCCGUCCCAAAAUAAGUAUCUCAACUUUGUACUAAUUUUAGUACAAAGUUGUACUAGAGUUGAGACAUUUAUUUUGGGACAGAGGGAGUACUAGCUUAGUUUCUGAAAUACUGUUUUGGUUAGGAUUGAGGAGAUCUGUAGUCUGAUAUAAGAUUCGAUCAUCACAGGAAAUGACACAAAAGAGACAAUUUUUCUGGGAAAAAAUGGAUUAUUUGACACAUCCUUUAACAUUCUGCUCAAAGUUUGGAGGGUGAAUUGUGGGUGCAGCGGCUAAAAGGAGGGGAUGUGAAUGAUGGAACUCGGCAACAGCACCGGCGAAGGGGAGAGAUGAACGAUCAGUGAACUGCCUUUCCUACCUGUAGCGAGGACCAUCGGAUUGAGAAUUUGACAUUGUGUGAGCCGUUUAUAAGAUUUUCCAGAGAACGCGCUCCACAUAGACCUGCCUCUACUGCCUCAUAGAUGGAUGCUUCCACUGCUGCUUGCGUGUGAUGUCUGAUGCACAGCUAGCCUGUGCGUGCGUGUGCUCGGUGGCGUCUUGCUUGCUCGAGCACCUCCUCCAUACUCCGGCAAACUACACAAGACAGAAGACAGCAUCAGGGCCUCUUCAUGCAUGUUCUUCAGAAGCUACAAACAACAAAUCUGGUUGCUGGCUCCGACAGUAGGCAUCUCACAGCCCAUGUAGUGGCAAGACGCC